AUGUGGAACUGUAGGGUCUGCAGCAACACGCCCUUUGCUGCUCUCUUCGGUUUCGGGAGCACUGAGGAGGAAAAUAAGAAAAGGAAGAAAAGAUCAGCCUCGCAAGCGCCAGAGAGCUCCACAUACUCCAACUCGGAGGGUGAUAGCGCAUUCACAGAUCGUUAUGCUUCCCAGGAGACCUUCGAGCCACGAAGCCCCGAGGAGAUCGCAACGCUUUGUAGAGCUUGGGAGCACUACGUGCACCCCAGAGCGCGCGAAUUUUGGCAGACAUCAGAAGCGAGGAUUGAGAUUCUCAAGAAGAUUGCCAGUGGGGUUCACAGAGACUACGAUCCGGUUUUAGGCGAUGAUAAGCAGUGCGUCAUAUGGUACGGAGAUCUGUCCGAAGACGAUCAUCUCCCGGUGAUUCGAAUGGUGAAGCCAGGGGAGAGUCAGGAAUCGCAGACAUAUGUCAAUAGAACCCUUGUCUUCCUAUAUGCUGACGAAGAGAGUUUUAAUGAAUUGCAGGAGAAGCCGAAAAAGGCCUUCACCAUGGCAUGCGCGAAUCCCCUCUGUGUCAACCUGACGCACAUUGCACUCGACGACUAA